AUGAACUUUAAUCUUUGUGCAGCAUUUAAAAAGUGCUCUGAACCUUCUAAUAAAAGGAGAAUGUAAAAAAAGACUUUUGAUGCUACUGCUAUGAUGAUUGGGGAAUCCAAAGUUGGCAAAAGCUCUAUCCUAGAUGCUAUCAAUAAUUAAAAUUUUAAUCCAAGCUAUAGAAGAAGUCAAAAUUACGAUUACUAAAACUUCAAGUUGGAUGACGAAGGUACUAAGACAGUAUAUAAUUUCAAGGUUUGGGAGGUUAAUUGUGUCUUCCAUCUGAUCAACUUAAAAUCAGCUAAAAUCUUAUUUUAUGUUUUUGCUUUCGAUGACUUAGAGAGCUUCAACUCAAUUUGCAAGUAUAGAUAAAUGCAAACAUUUUCUAGUCCUCUUGAGCAAACAUUUAUAUAGAAACCGAUUGAAUUUAUGGUUGGGAACAAAUCAGACAUAUAAGAUAAAGCCGUAGAUUCAAAAGUAGCCUAGGAAUACUCAUUGAAACAUGAUAUGAUAUACAUAGAAACAUCAUGUUUAAAUAUGGAGAGCAUCAAAAACUUAAUAGGCGAAACGAUUUAAAACUUAAAUAAUAUGACAUAAAUCUAGCAUAGCAGCAACUCUUAAAACAAAACAAAGAUUACAAGUAAAUUAUAACAAGACUGA